GAGCAGGAUCGAUACAUGCCGAUAGCCAACGUGAUACGCAUAAUGCGGAGGAUAUUACCCCUGCAUGCAAAAAUAUCUGACGACGCCAAGGAGACUAUGCAGGAGUGUGUGUCCGAGUACAUCGCCUUCAUAACCGGUGAGGCCAACGAGCGCUGCCAGCGCGAGCAGCGCAAGACUGUCACUGCUGAGGAUGUCCUCUGGGCCAUGGGAAAGCUCGGGUUUGACAACUACGUCGAACCCCUCACCAUUUACCUCCAACGCUACCGGGAGUCUGAGAGUUCCGACCGUUCUCGGUUUGUGAAGAGGGAGGAGCGCCAGCCAACGGACUAUUGCCCUCCUGGGCAUGCUGUGCCCCAGGUUGCAAUGAUGUCUCCCCCGCCACCAUCUUAUGGGCCGGGAUAUUAUUUCGGGCCCCAGCAUGGUCCUCCCAUGUGUGACCCCUCGAUGAUGGGAAUGUUUAGGGAUGGUUCCUCCUCUGGUGCUGGUGGAGGCGGGUCAUCGUCGGCUUCUGGGGCGCAGGGUGAGAACUCGUUGGGGCGAUUUGACCCGUUUGGUCACUUCAAGUGAUCACCACAGUUUAGAGAAAGGUCUCAGCUGUUUAAUUAACAGACAUAAUGAAUAAAUAAUUGCAUUAGUUU